AUGGACGACGACAACGUUCACACGCCGGAGGGUUCGACGGAAGAAUCUGAUUCGGAGGUUGAAGACGACGGUGACGUUGUGAAUUACAGUGCACAUUUUGUGACAGACACGGUUUUUCUAAUGUUUGACGAUGCAGUUACAUGGGCGGAUGCUGUUGCAAUAAAUCUGGGAUUUAUUUUGGUGAAAUCGUCUUUCAACAAACAGAGGGAUGAUCGUCCAGUUCGAUAUUUAAGAUGUGACCGGGGACGCAGGAGUAAGCCGAGAGAUCUUGAGAACGCAAUUCGGAAGGACACCAAAACCAAGGGCAUUGGUUGUCCUUUCUACAUCAAGAUAUGUUACGAGUUCGUCACCAAUACUUGGUUUAUCCGGGCGAAAGAUGAUGUAACUGGGACCCACAACCAUCCAAUGAUUGCGUAUCCAGAGGGUCAUCGUAAAAUUAGUGGGUUGAGCCCGAAUGCGAAGCAGGUUGUGCGUGACAUGACGAAGUCUAAGGUUGCACCGCGUAACAUCAUGGCGACUAUCGCGGAGCAAUUUCCUGAUGAUCAUCCAAACAUCAGACACAUCUACAACUGCCGGAAUGACUUCAGAGAGGAGAUGUCUGAUGGGAGAGGAGUUGUUCAGCAAUUUCUACAUUUGGCGAAACAGAGUCAGUAUGUUUACUGGGUCAUGUCCGAUGAUGAAGGCGUUUUACAGCACGCCUUUAUGGCGCAUCCAGUCAUGGUAGACAUCCUACGGACGUACCCCUAUGUGAUCGGUAUAGAUUCCACUUACAAGACUAAUCGAUACGGGAUGUCGUUCUUUGAGAUAGUUAGCGUGACACCGACAAAUCAGAAUUUUCUCGUCGCUUACGUGUUCAUGCGCAACGAGAGCACGACAAGCUAUCGAUGGGUUUUGCAGAGGUUGAGAGACGUGAUUGGGUAUAAUAAGGAGCCGUCGGUUUUCUUGACAGACCGUGAGCUUGGGCUAUGUGCUGCAUUGAGGGAAGUGUUUUCAGGAACCUCGCACUUACUUUGUCGAUGGCACAUUAACAAAGAUGUGGAGGCUCGGGUCACUGCUAUGUUCAAAAGCAAGAAAAUCGGUGCGUCUUUCAAAAACGGAAAAUGGAAACGUAUCAUGGACGCUGCAACCGAGGAAGAUUAUGAGGCCGCUGUAGAAAAUAUGAAAGAUAAGUGGGCAAGUUUUCCAGCAGAGAUACAAUAUGUAGAGAACACAUGGCUUUGUCAUAAAACGAAGUUCGUGACAUUUUGGACAAACCAAGUUCUACAUUAUGGCAACACCAGCACUUGCAGAGUUGAGAGCCAACAUUCGGCCGUGAAGAUGUGGUUUGAUUCCUCGACAAGUUCUUUAGAUACCGUAUGGGCUCGAGUUCAUAGCCACAUUGGUAAUCAAAUCAUCGCAAUUCGUAAUGGUUUGGAGGCUUCUAGGUCGAAGAUAGGUCAAAUGUACCGACAGUUGCCACUGUCACGUAUAAACGGGAAGGUGUCUCAGCAUUGUUUGAAGGUUCUCGAUGAGGAGACAAGGAGGAUGAAGGAGCUGAGUUAUCAAGUGCACGAACGAUGUGGAUGUGCAAUGCGUGUGACCCACGGGUUGCCCUGUGCAUGCCAGAUACAUGAUUCGCUAGCUGCUGGGACAGGAUUGUACAUAAGGCAAAUUCACCCGUUUUGGAGGACCUUGGUUAUUGAUUCUGGAGAUGGUGGGACGGUGUUUGAUAGUGAUCCUGCUGUUCUUCGAAACGUGUCUCGCAUCAUUGAAGAGGAGUUGCAUCCGGAUCAUUCCGAUCUCAGAGAGCCUGCUGUAAACCACCGGGUUCGUGGUCGACCAAGAAAAAAUGAUACAAGACGUGAUCGUUCUUAUUUUGAACAUGUAAACCGCCAACACACUGAACGCGGCGCACGACAAACAGGAGAUGUAAAUGACAUUAGCCAAAGCCGUUAUCGACACAUGCUUCCAGGGCCGAUGUUGCCUUACAUCACAGGAUGGAAGGAUGUCAUUGGCGAUGGGAACUGUGGGUUUCGUUGUGUGGCCGAGUUCUUCUUCGGUGAUCAAGGCCGAUGGUAUGACGCUCGAGAGACAAUAGCGAAUGAGGUCCUCGGUUAUCGAACCCUAUAUGAGAGGAUUUAUGGGCUUGGAAGACUUGAGAUCAAUGUGCAGCGUAUUCGAUGGGACGGUGGGGCGGUUGAUUCCCGUCAUUGGAUGGUUGCAAUACAAGAUUUAUUUCCUAUUGCGACUUGGUUCAACGCAGCGGUUAUUAUUCUUGGUGUAGGCCAAACACCAACUUGCUACUACCCAUGCCUCACGAUAUUGCCGUUGCGGGCAAGAAGGGGGGUCACAGCACCGGAGCGAGAGUUUGUCAUCGCUACAGUUGGGGCCUCACAUUUUAUUUGUAUUGAACUUGCACCUGAUUCGCCACUUCCCCCGGUUGCAGGUUGGUGGACCGAGCACCACGACCCAAGUGUUGACGGUCGGGAUCAGCGUUACGAAGCUAGAAGGAACAUGUGGGAUGCCUUAAUUAGAUAG